AUGAUUCAAGAUCCACAAUUAAGGCCAAGUUUACCUGUUCAGCAGGUUUCUUCUGAUAUUAAGAACCAGUUGGAGAAUUUUUUAAAAGAAUUAUUAUUUCCAAAUAACGAUAAAAGUGAGGACCUAAAUAAUAUUCAAUUACCGCCAGCUGAUCAAUUGAAUUCACCUCUUGAUGACGAAGGUAAUACUCCACUUCAUUGGUUAGUUUCUGUUGCUCAUGUAACAUUAGUUAGAAGAUUAAUCGAAGCAGGUGCAGACUCUUGUAUUGGAUGUGCAAGGGGUGAAACACCGUUAAUGAGAGCAGUUUCUUGUACUAAUAAUUAUGAUGCUGGGACAUUUGAAUCUUUGUUAGAUAUAUUGGAGCCAUCUAUUAUUUGUGUAGAUACAUUAGGAAGAACUGUUUUCCAUCACAUUGCCUUAGCUACAAAUGUCCCAGCAUGUGCUCCAGCCGCUAAAUAUUAUUUAGAUAUUUUAAUGGGUUGGAUUGUUCGUAAUUCGUCGCAAAAUUUGAAAUGGGUUCUUCAAGAAAUGCUACCUGCAAGGGAUAAAAACGGUGAGACAUGUUUGAAUAUAGCUGAAAGACUCAAUGCUCAGUCCAUAGUUGAGGCAUUAAAUGAGUAUGGAGCAACUAAUGAGUCCCCAUCACUAACAUCGGGAGCUAAAGCUAAUUCUAGUUCAGGAAAUUUUCAAGGAACUUCUAAUGAUUCUAAUAGUAAUAAUGAUAACAAUAUGAAUAUUAAUCUAAAUUCAAACAAUCAAGGAUUAAGUGGAUUUGAAUUGAACAUGAGCGCAAGUAAUAAAAGUGAUAUUCCAGGUCUAGUUUCUCAAUUACAGGAUGUUUUAGGACGGGUUGAAAAUGAACACAAAAGCGAAAUUAAAGAAGCUACUGAAACUUUCGAACAAUUACAAAUUAAAUUGAAUAUUGUUAAGGAGCAAUUAGUUAGUGAAAAUGAAAGAUUAUCAAGAGCCAAAAGAUUGAAGGAACAGAAUUUAAUACUGUCAGAACAAAUAAAUAGUAUUAGUGAAUACAAAAACCAAUUAUCUAGAAAUUUUGCUCCUAGUAGUACUAUUAAUAAUAACUUAGACUUAAAUAAUAUUCCCAUUAAAGCACAAAUUGAGGCUUAUAAACGUAAUCAGAAAUUAUUAGAUCAACAUUUGGAAAACGUAAUAGAGGAAAGGUUAAAUCUUGAAAAUAAAUUUAGAAGAGUUUUAGCUUUAUGUUUAAAAGUGGAUGAAGAUAAAGUUGAUGGAAUGCUAGAUGGAUUGUUACAAGCAAUUGAGGCAGAAAAUGGUGAUGAGCCAAGCACCGGUGAAAUGCAGGAAUUUUUAAAAAGACAUGGUAGUAUUGUAGGAAGUAAUACUUCUGUUAAUAAUUAA